CGGAAACAGGAACAGCAAGAAGGACUUGCAGCAGUGUGGUCGAGUAGAGUUGCUGUUGCUAGCGAUUGAGCUGACUUGAAACCAGAAGACUCUAAGAUGAUUUCAGAAGGCAGCUCCUUCAUAAAGGGCAUGUUGCUGGGGGGAAUCUUCUGCGCAGCAGUGACCCUGUUCGGGAAUUUCAACAAGGGGCAUCAGUCAACCACAGACCACCAUCACCACCACAUCCAGGCGCCAAGCGAGGAGGAACUGCUAAAGCUUCCCGAGCCCAAGAGGUUAGAGCUGAGCCAGCACAUCCGCGUGUACUGCAUCAUCCUCGUGCAGCCCAGAGAGCUCUCCUACUGGGCAGCUGUGGUGGACACCUGGAGCAAGCACUGUGACAAGGCGGAGUUCUACACCUCCGAAGACGUCAAGGUGUUCCGCGCUGUCAGCCUUGACACCAAAGACCAGUGGCUCAUGCUGAGGAACGCUCUGAAACAUGCCUACGCCAACGGCAAGGGCUACAGCUGGUUCUUCGUGGCACUCCCCUCCACGUUUGCGAUUAUCGAGAACCUGAAAUACUUCCUUUUGAAUAAGGACCCCAGCCAGCCCUUCUACAUCGGACACACUGUUAAAUCGGGGGAGCUGGAGUAUGCUGAGCUUGAGGGCGGUGUGGUGCUGAGCUUUGAAGCCCUCAGGAGGCUGGUGGGGGUGUUCAGCGACGAUGUCAAGUGCCCCGAACAGGGCCGCGCCCUUUGGAAACUGACUGAGGAAAAGGAGCUGGCUGUGUGUCUGAAGUACACAGGCGUGUUCGCGGAGAACGCAGAGGACUCGGAAGGAAAGGAGGUUUUCAACACCAAAUCGGUCAGCACUCUUAUUAAAGAGGCACUGGCUAAGAAGCCCCAGGAGGUGGUGAACGGCUGCUGCUCUGACGUAGCCAUCACCUUCCACGGCCAGUCUCCGAACUACAUGCAGGUCCUCAUGUACGGGGUCUACAGACUCCGUCCCUACGGGCACACGUUCCACGAUUCCUUGAUAUUUUUGCCUCCAGUUGAUUCCGACAAUGACUAAGCUCGGGCUGCAUUGGCAGCCACGCAGAACUGCGCCCCUGUGCAUAACAAAUCUGAAAACUACUUUAUCUGUUCUCUUAUAAGGCAUUGUUCAAUGGUGCGAAGGUACGAGGUUUCAGCAGUUUCAAUAUUUCAACAGCAGUUGUCAGCCUCCAGAGGGUCUGUCGCACAUUGCGUUCAUGUGCUGGUCAAAGUUAUUAUUUUCCUGUUAACGGUGAUGGUGAUUAAAAGCAGAGGGGGGCUGUUGUAUCAUUGUGGUGUGAUGAAAUCAUUUUCUUUUAUUACUUGGUGCACCAAGCCUGAUUCUCAAGGUUUUGUGUGUGAAUAUGUAAAUACCUGUUUUGCAAUGUUGAGUGCUUUCUGGACUGGACCGAACAAACAAAACUGAACCAAAGCUCAUGUCCUGAGAGCUCACUUAUUUUCUGCCGGUGUAUUGCUGGUUCAUGUUUUCCGCACAGUGAAAUGUUUGUGUCACGGAUGCAUUGGUGUAGCCUGUACUAUUGAAUCUGUUCACCAGACACUUAUGUUUUUGCCACUUCAGUCGAUCUAAAUAAAAUAUUAAAGAAUGCAUAAAACUGUUAGAGUGUAUGCUUAGAGGUCACAGUUCAGGAGAAUAAGUAAAUUAUAUUAGUUGGAGGCAUAUCUUAUUCAUUGAGUAUUUGAUACAUAUAUAUUAUAUAUAAUAAGCAUCUACAAAUGUACUGUAUAGUGUAGAUAAGAAUGUUUCAUUUUAGGUAGUCGUUUUUUGUGACAAUUACAUAUUAAGGAUCUUCUGAUAAGCAAUGGUUUUUAACCCUCUGACAUUGACCUGGGGGCGUUUAUGUUUCUCAAGAACCACCAGCUAUAGGUCAUUAAUACACAAAAUACAAUUAAAAGUAUGUUUUUUCUGUAUCUGUUGAUAUGUUACAAUGUCUAAUUUAAGAUAAUAAUAAAUUAACCAAAUUGUUGAUUUGCUGAGAAACUAAGAUUGUUCUCUUGCAAUCUAUAAAUAACCGUUCUAAAAUGUAAUCAUCCAAAAAUGUCAGUCAGCAAUGUAGAAAGCUUUGAAAGUUAUAUAUUGAGAUCACCUGCAUUCAUUAUUUGGAAUAACAAAAUAUGAGAUUCUUCAUUUGACAUAUUGUGUGUUUGUAUGUGACAAGUCAAAAAACCAUUGAAGGGACUGUGAAUGUAAAGUGUUUUUACAGUGAAGUUGUAAACUUUGCAGAAGUGACAGAAUGCUCAGUCUGUCUAUAGAAUUAAAGUGUGCUCUAUGGCCAUUCAAGUGGGUUCCACAAAUAAGCUUUUGUAAAUCUAAAUCUGCUUUUAACAUGAAUAUAUUUUUGCAUAGCACACAUACUUUUUCUACUGCUUUUGGAUAAUUUGUGGUAAAUACAUAAAACCUGAAAUACUGGGAAUAAUUGAUGGGUUCUUGUCAAUAAAUGUUUGUGUGUCUGGAUUUUUUUCAAA